GGUUCUCUUCUCGAUUCCCAAAUAAAGGUCGCUCAUAGAUCCCCAAGUUUGACCCUCGAAAAUCGAAGCUUGGUCGUCUCUCCCUUUCUCUCUCUAAUCGGAGUUUCCUCAAUCAACGCUCUCCGUUCGAUUCGCCAUUGUCGCCAUGAAAACCUUCAGAGUUUUCUUCCUCGCACUUCUUCUUCUCGCCUCUCCAUUUCUCCAAGCUGCUACAUGUCAAUCGGACUCUGAUGUUGAAUCAUCUGAGGUUGUUGAAGAAGCUAGUGAUCUUGGAGUUGUAGGCGAAGAAGAUUCUCAGGAUUUUGGAGAAGUGAACUUCGGCCCUGCUCCAGGAGUUGAUACUGUCUGCGUUUUUCCAAAAAACAGUGCACGCAUUGUGCCUGCUGGUGAAGAGACUGAACUACUCGCCGGAGUGAAAAAUGAUGGGGAAUCGAGCUUGAAUGUUAUAGCUAUUAAGGCCAGCGUUCACUACACUUUUGAUCAUCGUAUGUUGAUUCAAAACCUUACUGGACAGGUUUUCCACAACGCAACGGUGCCCCCAUCAACCCAAGCUUCUUACCCAUACAUAUUUGCUGUCAGCAAGUUUUUGCAGCCUGGAAACUUUGAUCUAGUGGGCACCAUCUUUUACGAAAUAGACCAGACCGCAUACCAAAGCGUCUUCUUUAACGGUACUAUCGAAGUCGUUGAAGCCAGUGGUCUCAUUAGCAUGGAGACUGUGUUUUUAGUUACUCUUGGAAUCGCCCUUCUCGUUCUGCUUGGCUUGUGGAUUCAUGGUCAAAUACAGCAAAAACUCUCCAAGAAACCCAAGAGAGUUGCUUCCAAGGUUGAAGUUGGCACAAAAACCAUUGACACCUCUAUGGAUGAGUGGCUUCAGGGAACUGCAUUCACUCGAUCGUCGAGCAAGUCGAAGAAAAAGAACUAAUGAUGACUCGUCUCCAUCCCAGUUGCAUAGUACACUGACAAUGUGCAGAUUCCUGCAACCCACAUUAGGCAGUUGAAGAUUUCAGGAGAGAGUCAGGUUGACUAGUUUUGUAAGGAAUUCUUCGCAUUAUCUGUUUCUUAAUGCCGAUCUGAACUUAAGUAAGGAUACAGUUUUUUAAAUCUAGAAAAAUUCCAUUGAAGCACAUGAUUAUCAUAGUUGAAACUUUGUUGAAUCCCCAAUGACAUGGGGUAUGCAGGCCUCAUUUCCUUUUGA